UGAAUAUUAUUACUGUAUGUCAGAAGAGUGCAUUGACACUCUAUUGUACUAUAUCGGUCUGACUUUAUCCUGUUUUGAUUUAUUUAUUUCAUUUUAGAUUUUCUGGCCUAUGAAGAAGCACACUAACAGACUGAGAAGCAUGGCUUGUCAAGGUGAUGACUACUUAGAUUCCCUUCCACUGCCUGUUCAGCGGGAUUGGAACCCACAUGUUCCCUCUCCCAGCAUGCACUUAAUUCAGGUGGAUUCCGUGCAGCGUUGGAUGGAGGACUUGAAGUUGAUGACGGAUUGUGAAUGUAUGUGUAUUCUUCAGUCCAAACCAAUCAGCACAGAGGAGGAUGCACAGAAUGAACUUAUCCUUUCAUCACAACAUAGUGCAUAUGAUAACUUGCAGUUAUUGUUAAAAAGGGCUUGGAUCAUAAGCACAGAGUUGACCAGGAUUGCUCAAAAACUAGAGAAGAACAGAUGGCAAAGAGUUCACAGCAUGACAGUAAGAGUCAAUUGUCACGUACGUUCAAUGAUAAACGAAUACAAUAGCUUCACUAGAAAUUCCUUAGAAGAAAUGCACCAGUUUGAAAAACUUUUAAUUGAAAAAUGUUCAGAAUUUACAGCAGUCACGGAAAGGUGCAUACAAACUGAAGACAAACGGACAUUACAGUCCAUGAAAUCUUGUAUUAAUGAAACAUUAACCACAGUCGCACAGUAUUUCGGCCAGUUGAUAGAAUUGGCCUUAACAUAUGAGAUACAGAAUCUUGUGAGACAAAUAAAUUCAUCAGAUAAUAUAUAUAUCACCGAAUCAUCUACCAGUGGUUUAUUCAGCCUUACCCAAGAGGGUGCUCAGUUGUGCCGCAUCAUAGCUAAGGAAGGAGGUGUUGUUGCUCUCUUUAAGAUCUGCCGCCAGGAUUGUUUCAGGUGCCUUUAUCCCCAGACUCUCAGAACACUGGCAUCUAUAUGCUGUGUGGAGGAAGGGAUUCACCAGCUGGAAAAGGUCGACGGGAUAUUGUGCUUGGCUGACAUUCUCACAGAUAGUACCCACUCUGAAGCCACUCGUGCAGAAGCAGCAGCGGUAAUAGCACAAAUCACAUCUCCACAUCUCACUUUCACUCAGCAUCUCAGCAGCUUUCUGGAGAAUAUGGAGGAAAUUGUCACAGCACUUGUCAAAUUGUGCCAAGAGGCCUCAUCUGGUGAAGUUUUCCUUCUGGCUUCAGCAGCACUUGCCAAUAUUACAUUUUUUGACACAAUGGCUUGCGAGAUGUUGCUUCACUUGAAUGCAAUGAAAAUUCUUCUAGCAGCUUGCGCUGACAAGCAGAUAGUGGAUACUCCAUAUUCUCGAGAUCAGGUUGUGACAAUAUUAGCAAACAUGUCUGUGCUGGACCAGUGUGCUUCAGAAAUAAUUCAAGGAAAUGGUGUUCAGCUUUUAAUGGAAAUGCUCUUUGAGAGAUCAUCUUCUGGGAAUUCAGCAGAGGUCACUGCUUGUGAGCGAGUUCAGCAGAAAUCUGCCGUUACUCUGGCACGGCUCAGCCGAGAUCCUGAAGUGGCACAUGCAGCCAUAAAACUCAGCUGUAUUCCUCGCCUUAUAGAACUCUGCAGAUCACCCACUGAAAGAAAUAACAGUGAUUCUGUUCUAGUGGCUUGUCUGGCAGCCUUACGAAGACUAGCAGUUAUGAGUCCUGAUGGCCUUGAGGAUUCAGAUUUCCAGCAGUUGGUAAAGCCUAGACUUGUGGAUUCCUUUUUGCUGUGCACAAAUAUGGAAGAGAGCUUUGUAUAAAUGACUAAAUAUAGCCUCCAAAGCAAUUGAAAUAACACAUGCAGAAUGAUGUAGUUCUAACAAUUAUUUUUAUGAUUAAUUUAUUUUAAAACUAAGGUCUGGUAUGUAGAGAAAAAGAGACAGAAAAAGCAAUCUUGUAUCAGUGGUUUGAGCAAGUAAUCCACCCCCCCUCCCGUUUUUCUGCAAUACUUAUGGACAUGUCAACAAAUCAGAAAAUUAUGAGUAUAACUAUUGUCAUGUUAGAUUUGGGGCCAGAUUUUCUUCUUGAUUACACUGGUGUGAUGAGAUUGCAGCAUGAUAACUAGGGGGAAUUUCAUCCCUUGAUUUUAAAUGUUAUGACAUUUUAUCACUAUUUCUUUGUAAUUACAGUACUAUUAAGUUGUCCAAAAGAUUUAUUAGCUUAAUGCACUCAUUUCACAAAAAUUGAUUCUUAAAAAUGCAAAAAUAAACUUCAAUACAAUAGAAACAGUACCAUCUGGGCACAAAAUUCUCAAGUCUCCAUUCAGGUAUGCUGAUUUGCUGAUAUGUUGAAGAUCUGGUCCUACUUUUUUUUUUAUAAACAGAACUGUGGAAAUACCUGCACAGGAUUAGAUACUGAAGGUAUGUAAGAAAUCAAAUAGCCACAUUUUCAAGACUGAAUUCUGAGAUUUUUUGAGAGUUGAUUUAGGCUGUCUAAAAAUGUGGUCCUUUACAGAAUAUAUAGUUACAGGUCAUUUUUUCCCUAUUUUAAUUACAUGAAAUUAAAAAAUCCUGGAAAAUGAUAGUUUGUAAAAAUAUGUACAGAAAUAUACCUGAUUCUGUACAAAAUGUUUAGAUAUCCACAAAUAACUUAGCAUGUCACACAAAUCCGUUUUCCUUGCAUUCCAUAGUUGUACGUGAAUUCCCGUAGUGCAUAAGCCCCAACAUAUUUUUAGUGAUUCAAGCCAAUACUUGUUUGAAAGUAUGUGUGCAUAUAUUUUAAAAAACAGGUAAACAGAUUAUAACUCUGACUGAACCUUGAGUUAUUCUGUUUUCCUAGCUUGUCAUUUUUCUUUAAAAUGUAGGGUGGAAUUUUAAAAUUCACUCAAAGUUGGCAGAAGAAAAUUCCAUUUGUAGAUGUUUACAUAGAGGGUAGAAUUGAUUGAAAAAUGGGAAUUUUUUCAUCAAAAAUGUUUGAACUUCGAAAUUUUUCAGCCAGCAAUGUCAUAGGAGUCUUUUUGCUUUUACGUCUCUAUAGUAACUCAGGAAGAUUUGUGUUUUUGACGUUUUGUGGUUGUUUGUGAAUACUGCUCUGAAUAAUUUGUGGUAGGCAACUAUCUGGUGCUAGGACCUCUGCAAAAAAAAAAAAAAAAAAAAAAAAAAAGGAAAGAGAAACCCUACUUCCUGAAUUUACCUCACAGAAGUGUUCUGAGGCUUAAUCCAUUAAUAUUUGUUUAGUGUUUUGAGAUUUGAAUGAACGGCACUGUGCAAGUGCUAAAUUGUCAUCAUCGUCCCAGUUUUGAUGAAAGAUGCUUCCACCUUUCAUCCUAUGUAUGACAAAGUCCAGCUUAUUUCCAGAUGUGUAGGAGCGCAGAAGAAGUUUAUUUGCUGACAUCUUCAUGGUGAUGUCUUAGGUCAACCAUGUAUUUAUCCUAGAUGAAGGUUAACAUGCUUUUUAUAAAUAUUAGCAUAUAUACAGUGACCGCUGCUUUAAGCAACCACUCAAAGUUCAGACAAAAAUCAGAUGCUUUACAGAGAUGCUUUUCUUAUAUGAGUGGAGAUUACUUCUGCUUAGUAUACCAUGACUAUUUUGAGGCGGCCCUUUAAGACGUGACGGUGCACUGUAAGGAUUGGUCUGUUGUAAAGGCUUCAUUGUAUUAUACCAGUGACUUUGGCACUUUCCUCACUAAAAGUAAAUACAUAUUUGAACUGACACAUUAAAUGGUGAAAUCAUCAUUCCUGGUGUAAACCAUUUAACUUGAUAGCAACACAUAGGAUAGUAGAGUUUACUACAGGGAUCCUAUUAAGAUGUUAUAAUUUAUCUUUAUAAUCCAAAAUUGCAUAUAAAGGGCCAAAUUCUGCUCUGUCCCAUUGUUGUAAA